CCAUUUAACCUCCUUUUUAAUGAUCUCAAUCCGUGCCAGAACCGCGGGAUCGUUUCGCAGAGCCCUCCACAGCUUGCGUAACCCAGGGUUGCUCCAGACUCAGGGCUUCAUCAACGGCCAAUGGGUGACCGGCGCCAGCCAAUUUACGGUGUUGAACCCUGCCACCGGCCAGGAGCUCGCCCAGGUUGCGUGUAUGACCGACCUGAACGUUGAAAGUGCGAUCGAUGCCGCAACUCAGGCAUUUACCACGUACAAACAUACGACCGCACGUAUGCGCUCGGAUUUUCUCUACCGGCUCUACCAGCUCAUGACGGAGAACGCUGAGGAUCUCGCUCGCAUCCUUACGUUGGAGAACGGUAAGACGUUGGUGGACGCACGGGGCGAGGUCGCGUAUGCGGCCAGCUUCUACAAAUGGUUCGCAGAGGAGGCGCCACGCAUGUACGGCGACACCAUCCCGUCUGCCAACGGCGACAACCGCAUCCUCACGAUGCGCCAACCGGUCGGGGUCGUCGGGAUCCUCACACCGUGGAACUUUCCCCAGGCAAUGUUUGCACGCAAGGUUGCGGCAGCGUUGGCGGCAGGCUGCACUUCUGUGAUAAAGCCUGACUCAGAGGUGCCAUUGAGCGCGCUCGCGUUUGCACGGCUCGUGGAGGAGGCGGGAAUCCCCCCUGGUGUGGUGAAUGUGGUUCCCGUGAGCCACGAGCGGACGCCGGCAGCCGGAAAAAUCAUCUGCGAACACCCGGACGUGCGCAAGGUGUCGUUCACAGGAUCUACGCCGGUCGGGGCGUUGCUAAUGGCGCAGUCGGCGGGCACGGUGAAGAAAGUGUCGAUGGAAUUGGGUGGAAACGCACCGUUCAUCGUGUUUGACGACGCUGAUAUCGAUGCAGCGGUGGCUGGGGCCAUUGGCUCCAAGUUCCGUCAGUCUGGUCAGACAUGCGUGUGUGCAAACAGAUUGUACAUUCAGGAGGGAAUCUACGAGGAGUUUGCCAAAAAGUUUACCCAAGCGGUGGAAAAGCUCAAGCUUGGCAACGGGUUGGAUCCCGACGUGUCCCACGGCCCGUUGAUCCAUACCAGAGCUGUCAAAAAGGUACAGGAGCACAUUGCUGAUGCGGUGGCAAAGCAGGGCACGGUCUUGACCGGGGGAAGCGGUGUCCCGGAGUUGGGGGCGAAUUUCUUCCAGCUCACGGUUGUGCGAGAUGCGACAGCCGAUAUGAAAGUGGCACUGGAAGAGACGUUCGGGCCGUUGGCAGCAUUAUUCAAGUUUAAGACUGAGGAGGAAGCGGUGAGGUUGGCUAAUGCGACCGAGUUUGGUUUGGCCGGGUAUCUCUUUUCCAGGGACUAUGCCAGGGUAUUCAGGGUCGGCGAGGCCUUGGAAGUGGGCAUGGUGGGGGCCAAUACGGGGGCGAUUUCCGAGAGCGCGCUUCCAUUUGGUGGGGUUAAGGCGAGUGGAUUGGGCCGCGAAGGGUCCAAGUACGGGAUUGAUGACUACACGGUUGUAAAGAGCAUUGUCAUCGGGGGGAUAAACCAAAGGUAGGGUGCGGUUGACACUUAUUCGUAAUGGUAAGUAGAAUGUCCGUUUGUGCGCCCGAGAGACGUUGAA